AUGGCACAUAUCCAGGCAACAACUCCUGCCGAAGAAAGCCCUGAGGGCUCCAUCUCUCAAUCCAAGGAGUAUCCGGAGAAGAUGGCCGAUCUCGAACAUGAUGUUGAGAAGACACCCACUCUCGGGCUCGGAACCACCCAGGUCCUCGAGACAGAUCUCGAUAGGGCAGGUUAUCAUCGUCAGCUUGGUCGUCGACAAAUUAUGAUGAUGACUUUCGGUGCCGGUAUUGGGACUGGUCUUUGGGUAGGCACCGGAAGUGCGCUUCAUUAUGCGGGACCUGGUGGCGUUGCCGUCGUGUACUCCAUCGUUGCCUACCUGGUUUACACGCAAUAUAUGUCCGUCGGAGAAAUGUCUGCCUAUAAGCCCAUUCACGGUGGUUUUAUUAGACAAGCCUCGGAGUACGUUGAUCCCGCUCUAGGCUUUGCCGUUGGUAUCAAUUUCUGGUUUUCGUGGGUCAUGAUCAUCCCCGCAGAAAUUACAGCAGCUAUAUCUGUUCUCAACUUCUGGCCGUCGGCGAGAGACUUUCCAAUCGCCGCGUAUAUUUCGAUCAUUUUUGUUGGUUGCGCCUUGGUCAACGUGUUUCCUGUGAGAUUUUACGGUCGCAUUGAAUAUUGCAUGUCGUUUGUCAAAAUCAUUGCUAUUUUUGCGAUGAUCUUCUUUAUGUUCAUCAUGACUUCAGGUGGUAUCAAAGCAACCCAUGGACCUAUUGAGUUUCGGUAUUGGAAACACCCUGGCGCCUUCCGGAACGGAGCCAAGGGCAUUGGUAAGGCGUUCAUCCAAGCCGGAUUCAGCUUUGGCGGAGGCGAACAUAUUGCGGUCAUUGCUGGAGAGGCGAAAAACCCCAGGCGCACCAUUAAGAAGACUAUUGGUCCAGUCUUUUGGCGCAUGGUAACAUUUUUUGUGGUCAACGUCUGGCUCGUUGGUAUGUGUGUCAACCCAGAUGACGAGCGGCUUGUCAGCGCUUCAGGCACCUUGAGAAGCCCAUUUGUGAUUGCGAUUCAAGACGCUGGUGUACCUUGGCUAGCCCACGUCUUGAAUGUAUUCAUCUUUAUUGCAGUCGUGAGCUGUAACAUCACGAGCUUCUACGUUGCAAGCAGAAGCUUGACCGCCUUGGCAGAUAUCAACCUGAUUCCCAAAUUCUUUGGAAGAAAGGACUCCAGGGGUCGUCCCUAUGUCUCUUUGAUCAUUUGCAGCGUUUUGGGGGGCGGAUUAACUUAUCUCAACUGCAACUCUUCCUCUGCCGUCGUAUAUAAUUGGUUCUCUUCUCUGGUCGGGAUUGCCGCCUUAUUUCAAUGGGCUUCAUUGUAUAUCUCUCACAUUCGGUUCCGGAGGGGACUCAAGGCACAAGGUAUCGACUAUCGCCGACUACCCUUCCGUAAUUGGGGGGCACCUAUUCCUCAGUAUAUUGGCCUUUUAAUUUGCGCUCUCUUCUUGGGCUUUGAAUUUUAUCUGGCCGUAUGGCCUUUUGGGGCAAAGUCUUCUGCCAAGAAUUUCUUCGCUACUUUCCUCGCUUGUCCAUUAUUCUUCUUUGAUUACUUUGUCUAUAAGCUUGUCCGGAAAACAAAAAUUGUAAAAGCAGCCGAGAUGGAUUUCAGCACCGCACGGCCAUUCGACGACGAGGAUGAGAGGAGAGCGCUCGAGAAGGCGCGCGGUGGAGAAGAGAAAGAGAAAAUUUCAAUGUUUCAGCAUUUGAAAAACCUUGUUUUUGGAUAA